AUGCGGAUCCCUCGACCGUCAGGCGGUGGUAACCUGGGAAGAACCAAAAACAUCCUCCACUUUGCGCAAGCGUUUAUUAUCUUCCUAGCAUGGGCGAUGACCAUCGGAAUCUGGACGAAGGGUGGCAGCAGUAUUGAUGGACGAACAGUCUGGUACUGGGUCCUGUGUUGGCUCAGUCUUCCUGCUCUCGUUUACCUAGCCGCAGUGCCUAUGUGGCCGCGGGCCCGCCGCUUCGGCAACGUCUACGCUUUCGCCUCGGUCGAUCUCAUCUACACAGUGUUCUGGUUUAGCGCAUGGGUCGCUUUGGCUUCAUAUGUGGCUCAGGGCAAGAGUAAAGGAAAGUCAAGCAGUGAUAGCGACAAGGAUAGCAGCAGCAGCAGCAGCAAGACCCGCCGAUCCAGCAGUUCCGGAUGUGACAACUGGGCUUACGGCAGUUCUUCGAAGUGCCAACUGAGCGAAGCAACCACCAUCAUCGGAGUUGUCAUCUUUCUCCUUUUCGCAGUGACCGCUUACAUGUCCAUCCGCAACGUGCUUCACUUCCGCCGCACAGGCACCCUCCCCGACGCCGUUUCAGACCCCACAUUCGCCGCUCAAUCCAAGGCCGCUUUCUCAUCUAACCCAGCCCACGAUUUCGAGGAGGACGAGGAGGACUUCCGAUCCAGCCGUAUGGGAGGUGUGGGCUCCUCCCGCGCCGAUCAAGACGAGGACUACUCCCUUCUUAAUCAGAGCGAGAUCGACGAUCUAAGCAAUCAACACGGUCGAUCUGCUUUGAGCGGUGCAUAUGAUCCUACCGAAUCAAAUGUCGGAAGCAGUGUCAUGCAUGACUACAAUAGUACACCGUACGGCGGUGCGCAUGGACAACAUUACGCACCACCCGCGGAUGCAUAUACACCCUCAGACUAUGGGUCUACAGUUGGAGGAUUCGGAAACCCGCGAUAG